CAGCCACUUGGCGCUUGACCAAUCCGGUGCAUGGCCUUGUAAAGGCCUCCGGCUUCGCAAAGGCUGAUGAUUCCCGCCAUCCCAGAGGGUGCAACAGUCCUCACGGAGAAGGAAGCGGCGGAGGCGCUGAAGAAGUUCGUGAGGAAAAAUCGGAACCCCGACAGAUCAAAGUUUAAGAGUGUGCCGACCCCGAUGCUUACUCCAGUUGAGGCUGAAGGUGACAAGCGCGAAGAGGGCACAGAGUCCCUACCUGUGUCUUCUAUAUCUUUGACCCUUCCGGGUACAGCUCAAGGUUUGGAUGUAGAGGACAAGGCAGUAUUGAAACUGACGGAGAAGAUUGCGAAGUUUGACAUUUUCGACACCAUCGACGAGGAGCGCAUCAAAGAGUUUGAAGCCGCUGCUGAGCGCAGUGUAGCUCAGUCCAACUACAAGGAGCACAAGGCCAAGAGCAAGAAGAUCGACCCCAACAAGUUCGCUUCGGUGUCAGUGGUGCAGCGCAGGGAGGAUGGACACAGCGUAAUGACCUGAUGUCCGCAGAGCCCUUCUGUACAGAGCGCCUUUUAUCGAUGGAGAUUUCAAACUCGCCAAGGGCCCAGCCGAUGCCUGGGGUGAUCGCUGUCUGAAAAUCCAGGGAAACCGAGGGAAACCCUCCC